AUGUUAUUCUUUACUUUAAUUUUUUGUUUCAUUUUUGGUGUCCUUGGUGAUAAAGAUCACCUUGAUGUAUGUGGCGUUGGUUGCCCAACAUGUAGACCUGAUGGUAGUUGUAUGUCAGAAUGUUUUGGUGGAUUUAAUUCAGAGGAUGGAUGUUCUUCAUGUGCAAAAGGUUAUAUCAACUAUCCUUACUGUACUGCACUUUGUGGAAACUUUGUAAUAGAUGAAGGAGAAGAAUGUGAUGGAGGAGAAGGAUGUACUGAAGAAUGUACUUGUGAUCGUUCUAAUAAUUAUGAAUAUUCUAAUUCAAAGUGUAUUAAAGACACAUAUACAUCUGAAUUGACGAUGGAUAUUAUCACAGCUGUGUUAUUUGCUUUUUGUAUUCUUUCUAUAUUACUUUAUGCAGCAUAUUUAACAUAUGCAAAGAAAUAUAGGUUGUUAAGAGAAGACGCCACAUCUAAUACAUCCAAUAUAUCAACCCAUACAUCUUCAUCAUCUUCUGAUGAAAAAGGAAAGAAGUCAGGAAAUACAGGUACUCCACCAUCUAUUGAUUUGUUAACUAAGUCAGAUCAUUCUACUACAUCAUCAAUGACAGAUACAGAUACAAAUACUUCUACAGAUACGUCAUCUGAUAAUACUGAUCGUUCUACAAAGAGAAGAAGACGUGCUAUCUUCAGACAACGAGGGGAUGUAUAUACAAAGAUUCCAGAAAGAAGAUAUUUUUCAUCUACACCAUCAUUUCCAUUGGAAUUAUCAAAGAAUACAUUAUUAUUUGGAGGGUCAUUUGAAAAAUUAAAAGUAAGAGUUCCAUAUACUGAUGAAUUUAGUAUUGUUAAUAUGAGAAAUUCUCCAUGGAAUUUUUCAGUAAAAGAAAUUAAAAAUCCAAAAUAUGAAAUUCUUUUAGAUCCAAUAGAAGGUACUAUUGCACCAGGAACACAAGUUAAUAUUAUUGCACAAAUUAAAUUAAAAUGUUCAUGUCGUGUAAAUGCAGAAUUACUUGUCACUAUUAGACAUCAAGAAAAGAUGUAUACAUCAAAUAUUGAUGUUCGUGCUGAAGCACAAGAGAGUGAAUAUAUUGAUGGAGAUGAAUUUGAUUUAGAAAAUGCAACACCAUCAGAAAUAAAUAUUGGACAAUGUUAUUCAUUAAUGUGGAAACAAAAACAAAUCUUUAUUAAAACAUUUACAAAAGCAGAAAACCCAGACCUUCAAUUACGUUCAGAAAUUAAAUUUCUUCAAAUUUUAAAUGAACAACAACUUGCUUCUAAAUAUUAUGGUAAAGCUAUUUCACAUAAAUUAUCAUGUAUUGUAUUAGAAUAUUAUCCAUUAGGAACAAUUGAUCAUUUUCUUGAUCAACAAGUUAUUUCUCCUAAAUUAAAAAGAAAAAUGUUAACUGAAAUUGUAACAGCUAUUUCUAUGUUACAUUCUUUCCAUUUUAUUUAUCGACAAUUAAAUCCAUCUUCUAUUCUUGUUGCAUCAACUAAAUUAUCACAAGGACCUCAUAUUAAAUUAUGUGGUUGUUCACAAAUUAUUAAAGCAGAUGCACAAGGAGCAGUUAAAUUUGAUCAAAAAGGAAAAUAUAACUAUUUUACAGAUCCAAUAGCAUUUAAUUCAAGCAUGAAAGCUGAUUAUCCAAUGGAUAUUUUCUCAUUAGCACAUGUUUUUGUUAUGAUGUAUUAUGGUGAACAAAUAACUGAUACAUUUAAAGUUACUCCGCAUGAACUUUCUCAAAUGCAAUCAACAAAUGAUCGUAUUUUUGAUAUGAAUGAAAUUCCAAAUGGAAUGAAUCAUGAAUUUGCUCAAUUAGUUUGUGAUUUAUGGAAUUCAGAUAGAGUAGAACGACCUUCCAUUGCUGAGUUGGCAAAGAAAGUAAAAACAAUACCAUUAACACAAAACUAA